AUGCUCUUGACUGUCACUCUGGGUGCUCUACUCGUCUCAACCCUGGUUCUCGCCAAACUAUCCGGACGCGAUGCAACCCCGCUUUCUGCAGACGCUAUCGACAGUUACAUUCCAUAUGCUGAAUUAUCGCGAGCUGCGUACUGCUUAGGCGACUUAGCGACCUGGGACUGUGGAGAUUUUGUCGGAUACUCGACCUCCUUGUCCACUAUAAUCGUCGCGCACGGUGGGAUCGAUGCGGAGGAAUUGUUUACUGCCCUUGAGAGUGCCGAGGUGGCUCAAGCGCCCUUGAACGUCUCCCUGUUCCCGGGCGUGGGCGACGAUGUGCAAGUGCACGCAGGCUUUUUGAACGCGCAUGCGAAGACGGCAGAAGCUGUACUCGCAGCAGUUCAGGAUACUAUCUCGGGAACGGGUGCGGCGGUGUUGACGACGGUCGGCCACGGCCUCGGCGGCGCGCUCGCCGAGAUAAACGCGGUGUACCUCCGGUUGAACGUCCCCUUCAUACGCAUGAAUACGAUCACGUUUGGGAAGCCGCGUGUGGGGAAUGGGGCGUGGGCGGAUUUGAUGGAUGCGAAUGCAGAUUCGUACGCGAGAAUCAAUAAUAUGAAAGGCAGGUCGUCCAUCUACCAUGAUCCUAUUCCUGUCUUGCCACCGCGGACGGCAGAAUACGAGCAUCCGACUGGCGAGAUUCAUGUGGUAGAGGAAGACGUGUGGAUGACUUGCGCAGAUGCUUCCUGCAGAGAAGACGAAGAAGACGCAGAGUGCAUGAUUCAGACGGUUCCCGAUGCCUCGCAGGGCGAGCUGGGAGACAACGCCGGACCGUACGGCGGGGUUUUCAUCGGAAGCGGGUAUUGCUGA